CGACAGUGAAGACUUACUUUUGAUAUAUUCUGGAUACCUACUGAAUAGUUAGCUGCUGUUUUGACUAGUCAUAUCGCUGCCUUUUUUUGAAAGAAAUAUACCAAAAAACGGAGCAUCUGAAACAAAAAAAGAAAGAAAAGGUCCGUUAAAUUGACGACUUUAAACAUCUGAAUCAAAGUAUAUAUGAAUAAUGAGUCUGGCAUCUAGUAUAUCCAAUGAUAUUGAUGCUUAUCCUGAUGGUAAAAAACGAGAUUCUUCAGAAGAAAACUCUAAAAGAGUGCCUCCUUUCACUAUAUUUGUUAAAUCUGAUAAAGCGUUUUUGAUUAUAUUGAUUUCGGCUAUUGGAUUUUGGAGUUCAAUAUCAAGUCCGAUAUAUUUCCCUGCAAUACCAACUCUUUCUAAAUAUUUUCAUGUUUCUGAUGAAAUCAUGAAUAUUUCAGUUGUGCUAUAUUUGAUUUUUCAAGGUUUGGCCCCAUCGGUCUCUUCCAAUUUUGCAGAUACUUUUGGUAAAAGACCGGUUUUCAUUGCAUCUUUUCUCAUAUACAUAGCAUCUUGCAUUGCAAUAUCUCAAACAAACGUCUAUUGGUUGUUAGCCUUUUUAAGAUGUAUUCAAGCAUCGGGUAUAGCCCCGGUCAUUGCCAUUGGUUCUGGUGUGGCCGGUGACGUGUGUACUGCUGCUGACCGUGGUGGGUUUGUUGGGAUCGUAAAUGGAAUGUUACUCGUUGGAAACGGUAUUGGUGGUCUUGUGGGAGCUCUUAUUAUACAUGGUUUUGAUUGGAGAGCGAUCUUUAUAUUUCUAGCUAUUGGAGGAGGUGCAACUUUAUUAUUUGUUUUGGUCUUUUUACCUGAAACAAGUCGAAUGAUUGUUGGUAAUGGUUCAAUUGUGCCUAAGAGUGCCUUUAACAAAGCACCGGUCCUUUUAUUCCCCCAUAUAAAACCAAAAUUAACUAAUGAUACAUCUACUCUUGCACCAAAGGAAAAAAUGGAUUUUUUUGCUCCGUUUAAGCUUGUCUUAAAGAUCCCAGUGAUUUGUACUUUAUUACCAGCGGGAUUACAAUUUGCAGCUUGGACUAUGACUUUAACGUCCAUUUCUACAGUGUUGGAAUCUGAUGCUUAUAAUUAUAGUGUUAUGCAUGUUGGUUUAAUCUACUUACCGCAAGGUAUCGCAUGUUUUGUUGCAUCACUUUUAAGUGGUAAAGCAUUGAAUGUUUAUUAUCGAUAUCGUUCAAAUCUUCAUGAAAAAAAGUAUCAAGAUUGGGAUAUCGAAAAAAGACCCCCUUUAAACAAAUAUAGAAUAAGACUUGACCUUGCAAUUGUUCCUGCGACUUUCAUGAUUCUUGGAUUAAUUAUUUUUGGUUGGUGUCUUGAAUAUAAGCGUCAUAUCAUUUCAAUUAUCAUUUCUACUAUAUUAAUAUCUUUUGCUGCAUCUUCCUUCAUGUCAAUUGUUAUAACCAUGCUUGUUGAUCUUCAACCAACAAAGGGUUCAACUGCUGCAAGUUCAGUAAAUUUAGUUCGUUGUCUUUUAGCUGCAAUUGGAGUUGCAGUUUUGGAAAAAAUGUCCCAUAGUAUGACUUUGGGUGGUACCUAUACAUUUUUGGCAGGAAUUUGCUUUGUUGCUGACUUACUACUUCUUGGUGUACCUAAUCCUGACUCUGUCAUUUCAUUUUCAAAAUCCAUUUCUUCUCCUAAUGCAUCUAAUUCUGCAUCUAAUUCGGAUUCACUAAUAUCAUCUGGAACGUCAUAACUUGUCGAUAAUGACUCUUGUAAUUCAUUAGAUUUAUCAAUUAAAUCCAACAUUUCAUCUUGCAAAGACUCUAUUUUAUCAAUAUCUAUCUUACCAUAUGUUUUUUUCAAUUGUUUAUUGGCAGUUUUCAUAGCAUCAACUGUAAUCAUAGUAUUUUGUAAAUUAUCCGUGGUCAUUGAAGCUUGAGUCAUAUUCCAAGAUUGAUUCUCUAACUGGUCUUUCUGACUUUCAAUUUGCUUUCUUUGUCUUAACAAUUUCAACGCUCUUUGUUUCAAUGCAGAUUUCCCUGGUCCAUCUCUCAUUCUAGCUAUUUUUUGUUGAUAAGUUGAUAACUCGGAAUUUAUUUUGGUUAAUUUAACAUCCAAUGAUCCAACUCUGUCAUCUAUGUUUUUGACAGCAUCAUUCAAAGAUGGCUUAGGUACAGAACUUUUCAGUCCAAAGAGUCUAUUCAUGUCCGUUUUAUG